CAGGAAUUGUCGAAAAUUAUUUUAGUCGAUUGCUACACUGGUCUAAGCAAUUGAUCGAUUCCUAUCGAUUCACAUUAUUGAUCAUGAAAGGUUCUGUUGUGGUUGCUUGAGAUCAAAAUGGCUGGGAUUUGUUGCGGUGUUGUUGGAGAGACUGAACCGGCGGCACCCGUUGAUUCAACUUCUCGAGCUUCUCUUAGACGGAGGUUAGAUCUACUUCCGUCGAUCAAGAUUGUUGCUGACUCCGCCGUUGCUCCUCCGCUUGAGAACUGCCGUAAACGGCAGAAGCGUGAGACAGUAGUGUCGAGAAAUCUAGAUCUGGAAUCGAAUGUGAGAAGUGAUAAUAAGAAGGUUAAAUCAGCGGUUACGAAUUCAAAUUCCGUUACGGAAGCAGAGAGCUGUUUCUUUUCCGAUGUGCCUAGGAUCGGUACGACGUCGGUUUGUGGUAGAAGACGAGACAUGGAAGACGCUGUAUCUAUCCAUCCUUCGUUUCUUCAACGAAACUCUGAGAAUCUUCAUUUCUACGGUGUCUUUGACGGCCAUGGCUGCUCUCACGUUGCGGAGAAGUGUAGAGAACGGUUGCAUGAUAUAGUGAAGAAGGAAGUUGAAGUUAUGGCUUCCGACGAGUGGAAAGAGACGAUGGUGAAGAGUUUUCAAAAAAUGGACAAAGAAGUUAGCCAACGAGAGUGUAACUUAGUUGUUAAUGGUGCAAAUCGGAGUAUGAAGAACUCUUGUAGAUGUGAAUUGCAGUCUCCUCAGUGCGAUGCCGUCGGAUCCACUGCUGUUGUCUCUGUUGUCACGCCGGAGAAGAUCAUUGUUUCCAACUGCGGUGAUUCUCGCGCUGUGCUUUGCCGUAAUGGUGUAGCCAUUCCUCUAUCCGUAGAUCACAAGCCGGAUCGACCCGAUGAAUUGAUUCGGAUCCAGCAAGCGGGUGGGCGGGUUAUUUAUUGGGAUGGAGCUAGGGUUCUUGGGGUUCUUGCCAUGUCUAGAGCAAUUGGCGACAAUUACUUGAAACCAUAUGUGAUUCCGGAUCCUGAGGCUGGGGAAGAAAAAGAGCUGAUUAAAAACUUGCAUAUUUUCUUUUAAUUUUCUGUUUAAGGUAAUAUUUUAUAUACAUGUAUUCUUUUACUAUGCGCGUGUGGAAUUGCAAUCAUGUAAUUCAGAGGGGAAAGAAUGUUAAACGAAUUUGAUAAAAGAGUAAUGAAAACAGAUUUAUGCG